ACUUCUCCUACAAUGUCCAAAUCCAUCAUCCUCUCCAAUUCCUCAGGAGGCCACAGCACCGCCAAGCCCACCGCCACGUUUACCGGGGAUGUUUACCUCGACAUGAUCCACUUUGACGACAACGCCGCGAUUGCCAAUGUGACAUUUACUCCUUGCGCGCGAACCCAUUGGCACACCCACGAGCACGGGCAAUUCAUCAAGGUCGUGGCCGGAUCGGGCUGGAUCUGCGACAAAGGCGAUGCUCCCCGCCGGAUCAAAACGGGCGAUCUGAUCUGGGCGCCGGCUGGCACCACGCAUUGGCAUGGCGCCGACGAUGGCACCAUCUUGACCCAUUUGGUUGUGGGCCUGGGAAAGACGGUCUGGCACGACGCAGUCACCGACGACGAGUACUGUGCCAAAGCAUAGGCUGUAA